GUUCGAAGCAAUGAUGAUGACACUCACCCGUCCAGGUCACCGAGGGUGCUAGAGAGCAAGCGCUGCAUGUCGUCGUCGUCGGUCCCGUGUCGCCUCUGGUCCGAUGACAAGGCCCGUGGCGAGCCGAGCGUGGGCGUGCUGCCGCUGCGCCCGAUCCUCGGCAUUGGCUGCUCGGUCUUCUCCGUGCUCGGCUGCCUCUACAUCAUCAUCGCCUACCGAGUACGCCAAUCGCGCAAGGUGUACGUCGACUCGGUGGGCCGCCUCGUGCACGUGCUCGCGUGGCUCGACUUUGUGGGCUGCGUCGCGCGCAUACUCCUCGAGGCGCUCAAGCCAUCGAACCCGUCGCAGCUCCUCGACCUCGCCAACGCCUCGGCGUCGCCCGACUGGUUCGACCAAAACUGGACUGCCGCCUGCGAAGCGUGGCGUGACCAUGCGGGCCAGGUCCUAUGUGCAGUGCUGCACUUCUCGCUCAUGGGCUCGAUCUGCUGGCACUGCAUAAUGGCAGUCAACCUCUACCGCUGGGUCUGCAAGGGCGACGACCAGCGUGUGCUCCACCAGCGCUUCAUUUCCUACUUUUGGUGCAUGGCAGCGUUCGCGCUGCUCAUGAGCGUCCUUCCGUACCUCGACAAGGCGUACGAUACGCACUCGUACUCGAUGCGAUUCGACGAGAUCGCGUACGCUGUCGGCUGCCACUACGCGUGGCUCGUUCUCGGCUGGUUCUUUAUGAUCUUCUUCCUCUUCCGCGUGCAGUACGACAUGCGCCAGCGCCUCGGCAGCCCAGUCGGCUUGGCCAACCGGAAUGCCGCCGUUGCCUACAACGACGUCGGGCGCAAGCUCGUGUUGUACGUCGGCGCGUACCUCGUGUUUCGCAUCUCCAACGUCAUCGAUUGGCUUUUCAACAUGUCGGACUUGACUGAAGACGCUUACUUUGUGCCUGUCCUCAUUCUCAACAACGUGCUCGCGCCGCUCACCGGGUUUGUCAACGCCGUCAUUUACGGUGGCAUCUCGCCCCACAGCGUCUACCAGCGCUGCUGCUGUCGGCGCCGGCAGAGCCACAGCUUGGACGCCGCCGAUGCGUUGGAGGCUGCGUCGGCCAUCGACCGCCGCCCGUCGCUUCCCGCCGCCCAUGCAGUGCACGCCUUGGGACACGCAAGGCUCUUUGUAUCCUCGUACGACUUGUGUCGGUCGCAGUUUCCAAGGAGUUUGCUCCCUCUCUGGCUGCCGUCGCGCGCGAUGGAUAUCUAUGUACUCGGGCUUCUCAACUGCGUCGACGUCGACGACGCCAAGCGCAGCGUCCUCGAGCACCUCAAUGCGCGCUUCGCACCGUUGACGCAGUACCAAGUGUUUGCGUGCCACAGCCGCAAGGCUCUCCACUCGACGGACGCGCCGAUUUUGCAGCUCGUGUUUGCGCGAAAAGCCGACGUCGCCUCCGGAAGUGUCGCGAUCGAUGUCGAUCGCCAAGGCCGGAGCGGGUCGCGCCACAUCACGGGCAUGUCGCUUCGGUACUUUGACGUUGCGAUCGCGUUUGCGACGUGCGCCUUCAAACCGUCGAGCGAGGACUACCUCAUGCACCGCAAGCUAGCCGAAAUGGGCAAGGUCCUCCAGACGUUCUCGCCCGACGUCGACAACCCGGGUUUGGAUUUUCCGCACCAAUACCACCACACGAUCCUUGCUGGCAACUUUAACUUUAAGCUCCAAGCACACAGUGGCAGCUCGCUCCAGGAGCGCAUCGACGCGGCCAUGAGCGCGCAACUUCGCCAACGCACCGCUGACGACGCGCUCGAUGCGUACUUUAGCGAGGCGCCGCCCCGCGCCCGGACCUCGACCGACUCCAAGUCGUCGCGUAGCCAGCACGAUAGGGUGUACGAGACGACGUGCGAGAUGCGCCAGUCGGACGUUGUUUUUGGCCUUGUGCAAAGUCCGAUGGAGCCAACGAACGACGACGAGAAGGCGAGUCCGCACCGCGCGACUUCGUUUCGCUCCUUCUUGCGGGCCCAGCUGGGUAGCGGGCCACCAAGAAAGGCGCGCGAGACCCAGUGCGAUCUCGUGCAAGCCGCCAAAGACGCAAACGACGAUGCGGUCGCCAAGUGGAACGACGUCUUGCAGUGCGACCGCCUCCGAACGCUCAUGGACAGCAACGACGUCUUGUGCGGCUUUGAAGAGCCGCCGAUUGCGUUUCCACCGUCGUUUCCGAGGGUGCUGGGCGCUGGCGAGACGACGAGUGCGAUGGGACGUCGGCUCUUUGGUCCUGGCGACCUGGCGUACGCCGAUCGCAUAUUUUACCACUCGCUGCCCGGAGUCGAGCCUCGGCUCUCGGUCGACGCGUACUAUCUGUGUGAAGACGUCGGGGGCUCGCCGCACAAGCCCAUUUGCGCCGAGUUUCGCCUUGAAGUCAACCGGUUGCACACGGCGCAGUUGCAUUCGAAAGAGUCGCAAGUGCAGCACUUUGGCUUCCAUCUGCGCAACUUGGACGCAAAUUUAUGGGAGCCGCUGAAGCUCACGCGCGGCCACUCGAUGCGCGCGUCGUCCGCCACGUCGUUGUCGCGGCCGCCGUCGUUCUUGGAGCGGCCCGCGACCAAGUGCGCGCGCAAGAAGCUCGAGAAGGUGCCCGAAAACUUCUUGACGUACCCGAUGCACCACGCGUUCAGCGGCGGCGCCACGCAGCUCCACGCGUGGAAGCAGCUGCAAGCGUCGUCGUCGACGCCGUGUGAGUGCAAGUAUUGCGACGCGCCGUCCGACGACGAGUCCAUCGCGGUGCAGUCAGUGGAACCCGCGCGACUCUCGGUGGUUUUUCCUCUGCCGUCCGUAGACAAUUUUCGCUCCCAGCGCAAGAUUUAUGAGCUCGCGCAGAGCGUGACGCAGGGGUAUGACGUCGCUGACGACGCGAUCCGCGCCCACGACGACUACACCAACUGCACCGAAGUGUCGUGGGCCGAUGCGCUCGCGCAUGGCGUCGUGCACACGUCGGUCACAAGACGCAGUGCGACCGACGCCGUCCUCCACGUCGGUGUCAAGGUCGAAGGACCCCGAGAUGCCGGUGGUGAAGGCGUCCUCGCGUUGCAUCCGCGGGACAUUGGCGUGAGCCGGCAGUUUGACGUCGCGCUCACGUGGGGCGGCAAGCACACGGGCUAUCUGCACGUCGACGUUGAGCUGUUUCAUGCUGUCGACACGGACACGCGGCGCCAUAUCCACCAAGUUCGCUUGACACAUUGAUACUAUUUAAUGGAUCAGAUCCUGCAGUGUCAGCGUGCUAUCCGG